GUAGAAUAUCACGGUGCAUUUGACACCUUUGAAAGAUUGUCGACUUAAUCUGUGUGAAUGCUCAUUUAAUAAUAAUAAUAAUAAUAAUAAUAAGGUCUUUUUAAUUUAAAAAGGUUAAUAAGAGAGGAAUAAUGGAAAGUGAAUGCUGCAGACGUUCGUCACUUCACUGACUGCUCUUCUGAUGUUUGGAACAUAGUAAUGGCUCAAAAUCUUUGUGGACACGGAGUAAUGGAGCCGAUUAUCUUCACCUCGCGUCAUGACAAACGGACCACUUGUAUCUUCCUCAGGCUGAGAUACAAUCCUCCUCCCACCAUGAUUUAAGUCUCCUGCUCAGAGCAGACGCUUUACUUGAAGGUUAGGUUAAUCGGCGCACAAACGACAAACUAUAUUGGACUUGACAAAACAUCAGCAGCAAAAUGCCAAUAGAAUUUGCAGAUGAAUAUCCCCCUCUGCUUAUUAAAGAACCCAAAGAUGAGCAACCAAAGUUUCUCAACAGAUCUCUUCUGCUGGCUGCCUGUGCUGCGUGUAUAGGGGGAACCUUUCAGUAUGGAUACAACAUAUCUGUCAUCAAUGCUCCCACCACGUAUGUGCAGAAUUUCAUCAACCAGACCUGGAGGGAGCGUUACCAAACGAACAUCUCAGCCGACGCCCUCACGCUGCUCUGGUCCACGGCCGUGUCCAUCUUCACCGUGGGAGGACUUGUGGGAGUGACAGUCGGUGGGACGUUGUCUAUGAAGCUGGGGAGGAAAGGGGCGCUGAUGGCCAACAAUAUAUGUGCAUUAAUGGCUGCUCUGCUGAUGGGUCUGAGUUACCCUACAGCAUUAUUUGAAUUACUCAUCAUUGGACGUUUUUUUACUGGAUUGAAUGCAGGCAUUGGCCUUUGUGCUCAAACUCUGUAUUUGGGGGAAAUAGCUCCGACUGCACAUCGUGGCGCCAUGGGAGUGGGAACGUCUAUUUUCAUUACUGUUGGGAUAUUGGCUGGACAGGUGAUGGGCCUGAAAGAGCUCCUGGGCGAGGAAGAGUACUGGCCUCUCCUGCUCUCCACCACAUGUGUCCCGGCCUUCCUGCAGCUUCUCAUCCUGCCCUGGUUCCCAGAGAGCCCGCGCUACCUGCUCAUCGACAGAGGAGAUGAGCAGGGAUGUGAGAAAGCCCUGAAGCAGCUGCACGGUAGAGCUGGCUAUGAUGCCGAACGGGAGGAUAUCGAGAAGGAGAGGAAUAAUUUGGUGGAUUUCCAAACGAAGACACCCUGGCAACUCUUCACCGAUCGUAGUGUCCGCUGGCAGCUUGUGACCAUCGUGCUGCUCAACGCUGCACAGCAGCUGAACGGCAUCAAUGCUAUUUACUUCUACGCAGAUUACUUGUUCAGACAAUCUGGUAUCCCCGUUGAUAAAAUACCGUAUGUGACUCUUGGCACUGGUGCCUGUGAAUGCGUCACGGCUUUAACGUGUGGUUUGUUCGUUGACCGUCUGGGGAGGAAAGCGCUCAUCACGGGAGGAUACGCUCUGAUGAGUAUCUGCUGCAUUUUAUUCACACUGACACUCUCUUUUCAAGAUGCGAGUCCAGUUGUACCAUACUUGAGCAUGGGGUGUUUAUUUGCUUUCAUCCUGAGUUUUGGAUUGGGACCAGGUGGUGUGACGAACAUUUUGACCACCGAGCUGUUCACACAAACCACGCGCCCGGCAGCUUACAUGAUCGCUGGGUCGGUAAACUGGCUGUGCUUCUUCUUCAUCGGCCUGGUCUUCCCUUUUGUUGUGCUUGGGUUGCAGCAGUACUGCUUCCUGGUGUUCUUGGCCGUCUGCUCCUUCAUGGCGAUGUACAUUUUCUUUGUCAUUCCUGAAACCAAGAACAAAACCUUCAUCGAAAUCCAGAAUGAAUUCAAGUCAUCCAGCCACAAAAAAGCUGACAGAGCAGGGCCGAUGCUGUUAAUAACUUCUACAUAAAUUAUUACCCAUGAGUAACUACUAUAUGGAUGUAUAGUCCACACUCACACCACUGUCUUUCAAUCAGGGGAUUAGUGGUUCAAUCCCCGCCCUAGUCGAUGUGUCCUUGAGCAAAACACUUAACCCUGAAUGCCAUGGCCCUGCUGAGACUCCGCCCACUCCUCCUCUCUUCCUCCACCUGAUGGACGGUGGAGGUCUGGAUGGUGGAAUAUGCCGACUACCAACUCUUCAUCCACUCUGUCAUCUUCAUUGUGUUGUUCCUGUGUUUUAAUUAGUGUGUCAUGAUUCCUUCUGGUCACAUGACAUCUAUGACACCUGUCCAUCCUGGAGAGGGAUCCUCCUCUGUUCUCUCCUCAAGGGUUCUGACCUUUUACCCUGAAGGGUUGUUUGGGAGUUGUUCCUGAUCCCAUGUGAGGUCAAAGGUCAAAGGUCAGGGAUGUCUAUAUGUACAGAUUGUAAAGCACUCUGAGGCACAUUUGUAAUUUGUGAAAAUGGGCUCUACAAAUAAACUGACUUGAAUUGAAUUGAAUUGCUCCCCGUAGCUGUGUCUGUCUACGGUGUAUAUAUGUAACAUGUAAAGUGUCUUUGAGUACUUUAAAGCGCUAUAUGAAUUAAAUGUAUUAUUAUUAGUAGUAGUAGUAGUAUUAGAUGAACAGGGUAGUCGUUGUUGUCUUUAGUUCACUUCCAUUAUACAUUGAAGUUCUCAAACUUUCAUAAAAAAAGGUUGUAUUCAAAUCUUUCAAUAAAAAUAUUUUGAGAAUA